UCCCGCCAAUAGCGCUUCGAGUUGAGCCUCGCGCCACCGCUGCCUCUCCCUCCGCGCGUCCUGCUUGCCCAGACUGUCUUUCCCCUUUCGAGGCAGGUGGCCAAUGGGGCGUCGAGUACCCCGUAUUGGACCGAGGCUGGCCCCGCCCCCCAGGAACGGCCCUUCUGGCCCCGCCCCUGGGGCGUUGACCAAUCCCGGUCUGCGCACGGGUUGCUUCGUUUCUGGCCUUCCCUGGCCUUCUACCUCGACUUCGCGAGUGGCUUGUUUUUGCUGCGUGGACGCCCGCGUUUUCUGUUAUGUCUCUUCCGGUGCCCCACAACUCGAGCUACCCUUCUUUUAUGCGUUCUCUCCCAGCCCUGUGAUUACCGGGUUGCUUACCGGGCCCUCCUUCCUCAGAUUGCACCCCUUUCCUUGUGUCUCUUCUUGUCUUUGUGUCGGUUGUGAUUUUCCUAAUCUCUGAUUUUCCCUUUCUCUCGGACCCUUUCCCUCUUCGGACCCAUUUUCUCCCGUGCUUCAUAUCCUGAUAGCCUGGCCCCUUCCCGGCUUCCUUCGCUACCGGGGACGCCUCUAGUUUUUCUGAAUUUCCGGCUGGCUCCACCCUCCGCGUUCAUCUUCCUCAAGAGUUAACCCCUCUGGGGGCUCCUCUGUGUAAUCGUCGCCUUCUCUGGGUAUCUCUGUGAGCUCCGUCUCACGCCAUCCCGCCAUCUUCUCUGCCUUGGCCCCUUUUCUCUGUGCAGCCAGUUCUGUGUCCUUUUCUUUUCCCCCUCUAAAAUCGACUCCUCUUCUCCCUGAGAGCCCCGCCUUUGUGCCCCACUCCUCAUUUUCCUACGCCUCCCUCUCUCUGCUGGUCCUCUCUCUCCCUGCAAGGUUCCAUUCCAUCAAUUUGUUUGUCUUUUGUAGGGGUGGCACAUCCCCUCUGACUAUUGCUUCAUCUUUUUUUUUUUUGCUUGAGGAUUUCGUUUCAAUCUUUUCUGGUUGCGUCUCCACUUGUACUCAGCUUGUUGGGUCCAGUUGUUCUGCAUCUCAGGCUGGCGUGUGCCAUCUUCUCUGAUUGGCCUAAUCCCCCCCACCCCCGUGAGAUCCGUUGUCAGCCUUUGUUUCUCUUUCCUGUGUCCCAGCUUUUCUGCGGGUCUUUGCACCUUUCUUGGCCACAGAUUUCUGGGUUACAGAGCACGUGUGUCUGAGGCAUUGCAGGCAGAAAAGGUGGCCGACGUGACCUCUAGCUGGACUGCUGGGCAGGGGAGCUGUCCUAGAUAAAAUUGGAAAGAAACAGUGACCCAGAGACAGGUGGACAAAGAAUUCGGGGACUGACGGGAACUGAGCUUGGGAUCCAGACUGAAACGGAUUGCAGACUGACCUCUAGCACCCAGGACCCAGACACAGGGCCAUGGGACCCCAGCAUUUGAGACUUGUGCAGCUGUUCUGCCUCCUAGGGGCCAUCUCCACUCUGCCUCGGGCUGGAGCUCUUUUGUGCUAUGAGGCAACAGCCUCAAGAUUCAGAGCUGUUGCUUUCCAUAACUGGAAGUGGCUUCUGAUGAGGAACAUGGUGUGUAAGCUGCAAGAGGGCUGCGAAGAGACACUAGUGUUCAUUGAGACAGGGACUGCAAGGGGAGUUGUGGGCUUUAAAGGCUGCAGCUCGUCUUCGUCUUACCCCGCGCAAGUCUCCUACCUUGUUUCCCCACCCGGAGUGUCCAUUGCCUCCUACAGUCGCGUCUGCCGGUCUUAUCUCUGCAACAACCUCACCAAUUUGGAGCCUUUUGUGAAACUCAAGGCCAGCGCGCCUAAGUCUAUCACAUCUGCGUCCCGUAGCUGCCCGACAUGUGUGGGCGAGCACAUGAUGGAUUGCCUCCCAAAUUUUGUCACCACUAGUUCUUGCCCCUUGGCUGCUUCUACGUGUUACAGUUCCACCUUAAAAUUUCAGGAUUUCUCAAUACCACCUUCCUCCUCAUGGGGUGUGCUCAUGAACAUAACCAGCUUUUAGCGGAUUUUCAUCAUAUUGGGAGCAUCAAAGUGACUGAGGUCCUCAACAUCUUAGAGAAGUCUCAGAUUGUUGGUGCAGCAUCCUCCAGGCAAGAUCCUGCUUGGGGUGUCUUCUUAGGCUUCCUGUUUGCCUUCAGGGACUGACCAUCUAGCUGCACCUGACAAGCACCCAGACUCUUUCACAUAACAAAUAAAAUAGCACGGUUCCCUUU